AUGGCGAACUCAACUGCGGAGCUCAUCUUCAUCCCUGCACCAUGGGUUGGUCACAUUAUGUCCACCAUCGAGAUCGCAAAACUGCUCGUGAAUCGCGACAACCACCUCUCCAUUACUGUCCUCCUCAUUAACCCGCCGCCAUCCUUCGGCUGGAGCUUCGCCGUCACCACCUACAUCCAAUCAUUAGCAAACACCAAAAUGGAUCGUAUAUCCUUCAUCAACCUCCCUCAAGACAAAAACUCACGAGUCUCAAAAGUUCCCAUGGCUACCUUGACUGAUUGUAUCAACAACCACUGCAAAUACGUAAGAAAAAUUGUCGCCCACAAGAUGAGUCAACCAGUUCCGGGGUCGGGUCAGGUAGUCGCGUUCGUCGUCGACAUGUUCUGCACUGGGAUGAUAGAUGUGGCAAACGAGUUUAAUGUUCCGACAUAUGUGUUCUUCACUUCUAACGCUGCUUUUCUUGGAUUUAAGUUGUACAUCCAGACACUCUCUGAUGACAAGAAUCAGGACGUUGUCGAGUUAAGCAACUCAGAUUCCACGAUUCCCGUUCCGUGUUUUGUCAAACCAGUGCCCACAAAGGUUUUUCCGGCCACAUGCCACACUCAAGAAGGGCUGGAGUUUAUUUUGCGGUCUGCCCGGAAACUGAGAGAUGCGAAAGCCAUCAUUGUCAAUACAUUCUUGGAAUUGGAAACACACGCUAUCGAUUCGUUAUCGAAAGAGAAAACCAUUCCGAUGGUGUAUCCGGUGGGUCCUAUACUCAACCUAGAAGCCGGUGCCGGAAAAGCGUCGAGUAAUGAUGAUAUCAUCACCUGGUUGGACACUCAACCGCCUUCCUCCGUGGUGUUUCUCUGUUUUGGGAGCAUGGGAAGUUUUGACGAGGUUCAGUUAAAGGAGAUAGCAAACGGCUUAGAGCGAAGUGGCCACCGUUUCCUGUGGUCGCUACGUCGACCUCCUUCGGAUCAAACAACAACAGCCUCGAGUGAUUACGAAGACCCGGGAACGUUAUUGCCGGAAGGAUUCUUAGAACGGACUGCCGAAAUCGGAAAAGUAACGGGGUGGGUCCCUCAGGUGGCUGUGUUGGGUCAUGGUGCAGUUGGAGGGUUUGUGUCUCACUGCGGGUGGAACUCGUUGUUAGAGAGCUUGUGGUUUGGUGUGCCAUCGGCUACAUGGCCAAUCUACGCGGAGCAGCAGCUUAAUGCAUUUGAAAUGGUGGUGGAGCUUGGGUUGGCGGUGGAGAUUAAGAUGGAUUAUAAGAAGGAUUUUGUUAAUCAGAAGGCUGGUAAAAUGGUAGUCACGACGGAGGAGAUUGAAAGUGGGAUAAGACGAUUGAUGGAGGAUUACAAGUUGAGGAAAAAGAUGAAAGAAAUAAGGGAGAAGAGCAUAGCGGCGGUGGCGGAGGGAGGUUCAUCGUAUGCUUCUGUAGGGCGUCUAAUUAAGGACUUUAAACGAAACUUGUUAUGA